AUGCAAAGUGACAAUGCUGGUCAAAGUCUUUCUCCCGCAGAGAACAUCAUUGCAAUAGAUCCCGUUGUAUAGCCAUAUUUGAUAGGCCUUUUUACGGGAAAACUGGUCAUGGCAAGAGCUAUAGAUCACCUAAUCAAUCCUAUUUGGAGGGCCCAAAAACAAAACACUCGCGGAGAUCCUUAAAAUGGAAAUUUGAAAAAUUUCUCUUCAAAUAAUUUAAAAUGUUUUUGGAAAAAAAAGAAAGGGUUUUGGGCAAUUCUGUAAAGGUUCCCAAAUGAGUUAUUGAUCAGAUGGUUGUCGUUUGGUACUGAUGCCCUAAAACCCUCUCUCUUCCCCCCCAUGGCUGGAUGUGAUGGGAAACAGCCAUGGGCUUUGUGAGAGAGACCACUUAUUUUCUGGGCUAGCAGGCUGCAUUCAGAAGGGGGAACCAUGUGUCCCUGUGGGUCCCCGCUCCAGAGGAGGGGCGUGCGAGGGGGACGCUCAGCGUUGUGAAGGAGCCGGUGCGUGGAGUCAGGGAGGAAAGGGGCGCGGGGUCCUGGGGAAAAAUUUAGCAGUAACAACAGACAGGAGGGCAUCAUAACCUCACCGCGUACACUCGAUGGGGUCACUUUCCGCGGUCCCCCGGAGAACAGAUCAGUCUGAAAAGACUCCCAAACUUUACAAAUUUUAGUAGAAUACCAGCUUUUUUAAAGUUGGUUUUUUCCCAUGCUUUUUGAACCCCGUGAAGUCUCACACGGUAAGUUUGUGAAUGGCGUAACCCCCUUCAUAUUUUUGCCCCAACAUCGGCAGCAAUUGGGGGUCCCAUUUUCCCAAUUUUCAACAGCGUCUUGGGUCUCUCUCCAUCACCCCCCCCUUUUCCCACCUUUUCCCCUGAGACAUGACCUUUGGCCCCCAGAAUAAGAACCGAGCAUUUUGGCAGCUUCACACCCUCAUUGUCCUCCCAAGCUCCCCUUUUGCACAGACUGUGAAAAACUCCAACAACCCCAAGACCCACCAUUCUAUCAGAUUAGGGACUAUAUAUGGAAAGGUUAACCCAGACAAUCAGAUCCCCCCAUACAGAGACCCUACAGCAAGGAUCCACCCAGGCACCACAAUCACUUCACUAUGAUCUACUUAAUAGCACUGGACUUGACCAAAAAGGUAAAUUGGUUACAAAAGUGUCACUUGUGUCAGUAUUUGCUUGAAUACGCGAUUCAUGUCAGUUUUGUUGUAUUCAAAUAAUUAUUAAUGUUCCUCUCCUUCUUGCAGCAAGAAAGCCCGUGGUUGAAAAUUACGCAGAGAUCGAUCACAACACGACAGCUCAAGUCCUGGUCCAGAAAUCCCCCCCACGCCGUUUUAAAUGGGGGAAAGCCGACAUCCUGGAGAUGACAGUUUUCUUGCUGAGACAACAGCAAAAGUCCCAGCCAGUGAGCUGCCUCUCACUCCUCUCAAGUGUCAUGAGUGACCCAGGUGUGUCCAAGAUAUAUGCACUCCUGUCCAAGGAUGAGGUGAAGACACAGUCCCAGAGAAGACUGCUGAGCCACUUCCAGAGCCUGCAGCCAUCCUCUGAUAAGAACAGGAGGGAGAGUGACCUGCCUCAGUUGAGCUCCCCAGCCCACACAGCUCAGCAAAGAGAACAGUCCAGUCAACAGCGCUCGCUGGAGGCCCUGGUCAGAGUCCUACAGACUGGAGCUCCACUCUGA